CAGCUGGAGCUCCAAGAACAACUGCUCCACCAAGAUGUACACAGCCAGUGGGGAAUGCUGCAAAGCCUGCAACCUGGGAGAGGGGGUGGUGCAGCCCUGUGGGGUCAACCAGACCGUCUGUGAGCCCUGCCUGGACAGUGUCACCUACUCGGACACGGUGAGCGCCACGGAGCCCUGCAAGCCCUGCACGCAGUGCGUGGGGCUGCAGAGGAUGUCUGCUCCCUGCGUGGAGUCGGACGACGCCGUCUGCCACUGCACCUACGGCUACUACCAGGACGAGCCCAGCGGCAGCUGCAGGGAGUGCAGGGUCUGCGAGGUGGGCUUCGGCCUCAUGUUCCCCUGCCAGGACUCGCAGGACACGGUCUGCGAGGAGUGCCCCGAGGGCACCUUCUCCAGCGAGGCCAACUUCGUGGAUCCCUGCCUGCCCUGCACCACCUGUGAGGAGCAUGAGGUGCUGGUGAAGGAGUGCACCCCGGUCUCGGAUGCUGAGUGCAGAGACCUCCACCCUCGCUGGACAACCCACACCCCAUCUCUGGUGGGUUCUGACAGCCAUGAGCCCAUCACCAGGGACCCUUUCAACACUGAAGUGAUGCCCAGCACCCUGGCAGACACGGGCACCACCAUCAUGGGCAGCUCCCAGCCCGUCGUGAGCCGCGGCACCGCCGACAACCUCAUCCCUGUCUACUGCUCCAUCCUGGCAGCUGUGGUGGUGGGGCUGGUGGCCUACAUCGCCUUCAAAAGGUGGAACAGCUGCAAACAGAACAAGCAAGGAGCCAACAACCGCCCUGUGAACCAGACACCUUCCCCAGAGGGGGAGAAGCUGCACAGUGACAGUGGCAUCUCCGUGGACAGCCAGAGCCUGCACGACCAGCAGCCACCCAACCAGAGCACCCAGGGGCCAGCCCCCAAAGGAGACGGGACCCUCUACGUCGCCCUGCCCCCCGGCAAGCAGGAAGAGGUGGAGAAGCUGCUGAGCAGCUCCGCGGAGGAGACGUGGAGGAAGCUGGCCGGGGAGCUGGGCUACAAAGAGGACCUGAUAGACUCCUUCACCAGGGCGGAAUCCCCUGCCCGGGCUCUCCUGGCCGACUGGUCCGCCAAGGACUCUGCCACCCUCGACGUGCUGCUGGCCGCCCUGCGCAAGAUCCAGCGCGGCGACAUCGCCGAGAGCCUGCACAGCGACUCCACCGCCACCUCUCCCGUCUGAAGCGCGGCCCGGGGCGGCCCCCUGGGCUCCCCUUCCCCCUUCCCCCCCUCCCCGGCACCAAGAGCCCCGGAGGGGAGGGCGGGAAGGAAGCGGGGGCUCCCCGGGCCCCCCCAGUUCACAGCCCUGUAUGCACUGAGCUCCUGCUUUCGGUACCGACCCCUCCCAGCCCCCGGCAGCCCCUGAGCGGCUGGGGCGUGGGGCUCAGUCUUGCUCGGCACCCAGACCCCAACUUCUGCCACUGGAGCAUCUUCUGCAGCCCCGUGAUGCCGGACAGAUGGACACAACGACGAGCACUGCCCCCUCGGCCCUCUCCUCUCCCCUUCCAGCCCCUGCUCCUUCCCCCUUGGGACUCCGGUUCUCCUCUUCCUCCCCACCCUGCCUCCUUGGUCCUCCCCACCACUGUGUCCUGCUGCUCUCCAGCGCCCUGGAAUUCAGCUGCUUCCCCUAACCACAGGCAGAGGGCAGGGCUGGGGUGGGCAGGGGGAGAACUGAGGCGUUAGGAUUUGGGGAGGGGGCUGGUCCUACCAUGGGGUGUGGGCUGAGGGGAAGGAUUUGGCUUCCAGCAGCUCAACCUACACUGUGAAACUUGGGGCUCCACGUGUGCCCCCCAGGGCUGCCAGCGCUGGGUCUUGGUGAGGAGCAGCCAGGACCACCUGGAAUGCUGAGGACCACCGCCUCUGAGUGCCACCACCUCCGAGGUGGGGCUGGAGCUCCGAAGGUGGACACCGAAGGGUUAAAGGGCUGGAAAAGUGCCUGCCUGCUGCGGGGACGCAACGAAAGGGCUCUGCUCAUCCUUCACCCAACACCAUCCCCCUGCUGCACCGACCCGGGAGCAAAGCCACCCUGCCGCGAUUGCACUGCCCCUCCUCACCCAGAGACCCAGCUGGGGCUGGUGGUCCUGACCCCCUGCUUGUAAGGGCUCCUUCUCCUCCAGCACUGUGAAGGGUGGCUCAGAAAUGCCCCUGCGGGCUCCUCGCCUCCAUCUGGGCACGCAGCAGCUGCUGCCCACCCUUGGUGCAGCCUCCCUGGGGCAUCCUCGAGGGUGGCCUCAGCAUGUCCCUCUGCUGGGACUCCACCACAGCCCCGGGGAGAGGACAUCACUCACCACCUCCACAUCUCCAGAGCUAGAAGUGCAUUUUCAUGGCAUAUCAGCUCCCUGCCCGGCACCCAGCUCGCUCGUGGGGUGAUGCUGGGGACCAGCUGCUGGCUGGGUGAGCACCCCCUGGUCCCCACCACCAGCUGCCACCAAGCAGCCAGCAUGGUCCUGGGGGAACAUCCCCAACACAGCUACAGCUUGGACAUCUCACUGGCCUGGAGGUUUUUGGCAGAGGAAAGGACUGCAAAGGUGAGCUGGUGCACGGCACCAGUGCUGGGUACCUCUGCACCUCCAGCCUCCUCCUUCACCUCCAGAGACUCUUCCCUCGAGGCAGGAGGUGGCCUUCCUCCCCUCCUCGAGGAGAUACCAAGACUUGUAAAUAGUAUCUUGUUGUUUUACUAACUGCUUGAUGUUUCUAUGUGUGACCUGGGGUGACAGUGUCUGCCCCAACCCCUCUGCUCUUCCUCACAGGUGACCUCGCAGGCACUUUGCAGCCCAAGCCUUCGGUCCCACCUCGUUUCUGGCCUUAAGGACUCAAUGGGGGGGCAGUGAAAGAUGCAGCCC